AUGGUUUUCUCUGCUUAUCAUCCGCGGUACCUUGCUUGUAGCCAGCUGCACAAUGGCAAGUCUGAAGCUGUGAACUUGAAAACCUGGGUUUACAGCAACACUGACGGUGAGCGGCUACUGCUGUUGGAGCUGCGACGUUUGCUGCAUUGCUGCGGCAAGGUCCCCCGCUCCCAAUAUGUGCAUGAGAUCGUCAACAAAGGUUGUGGUGCUGAUGGAGAGUGGCGCAACUGCUUCGAGCUGCUGGGCUUGAGUGUGGAUGAAUGCUUAGUGAAAUCUAAGAAGGCCAGCAAAUACAGCAACAAGAACUUCAAGGGCAUGCAGCAACCGGAGUUGCUCCGGAACGAGUGGCAGAUUACUACAUUGGGGGCUCUCGCGCUUCUUUGCCAAUGGAGCAUUUCGGGAAUGCAUCGCAAUCAAGAGCGAUGCAGAUUCCUGUUUCGAAGCAUGCUUGAAGCAUCAAUCCCCGGGGACUCGAUGGCUGCAGUUCUGUCGCCAUUUUCAGACACAGGUAUUCUGCAGCGAUGUCUGCAGCGACCAGGCUUGGGAACAUGCGUUCACCUGUCCCAGGUCUUAGGUGAGCUGCCCACGGCAUCGCAUGCAAUGUCAACAGCAACCUUUUUGGACAAAACCGUGAGCUGCUUGUGCAAAGUGUGGUCUACUUCAGACAGUUGCGAAAGUGCCAAAUACUUGUGCUUGAAAGUGCUGGAGGACAUAGCGCUGCUUGUGGAACAGCAUCUUGUGGAAUUUGGACACGAGGAUGUGCUUCUGGGCAGGUCCUUGGAUCCUGCAGCAGACCGCAGGCAAGCUGUGGAUGAAGAUGUCGUGGAGGCUUUGCGGCAACAAGCCGUUGAGCACAACCUUUCACGACAGGUUCUGAACUGUGUGCACAAUGCCGCUGAUCGCACCGCAGGACUGAAGUGGCAGAAGAGAGACGCUUGUCGCUACAUCGCUAAAAGCUGGGAGGCAUUUCAGAAAGACCGGACAACUAACGUGGUUGUCGCCGUGAGUUUGGACGCUAAGCGAUUGGGGGAUCCAGGACAGGAUCUGCUUGUGGGGGCUGCUUCCAGAGACGGCGUGGGUGUCUGGUUGCCACCGCAGGACGGAAUGUUGUUUUGGGUGCUGACAGACGAGCCUGGGGUUGCCCCAGAGUCCGAAGAAAGCGCGAAGAUCUUGCAGAGCGAGUUGUUGCGAUGGCUUGAAACAGAGGGAGCUGAGAAGGACGACAAAGGCGACGUCCUUGAAGACGAGCUAAGGCCGUAUCGUGCAGCCAACAUGCACUACAUGCUUUGCUUUGAGCACGCCGUGAAAGCUGGUACGGGCUAUUCUCUCUGCGAUUUCCUGCCGCUGCGUCGACCGCAGCGCCUGCAGCCACAUGAGCGAAGAGAGACUGUCAUCAUCGGACGGCAGCAUGGGGUUGGUCAGAAGCGUAUGGUCUUGGCAGAUACAGAAUCUGGCAAGAGGAGCUUGGAGCAUGCGAAGCAUUUGGACAGCAAUGGUGAACCAUACUUGUCUCCCAGUCUCGUGGUCUGCGUGGACCAGGGUUCCAUAGGAUGGCCUUGCGUACAGAUGGCUUUUCAAAGCCAUGGUCUCCGCGGGCUGUACUUCCACGACCCCUGGCACCGAGUGUGGAAUGAUCUGAAGGCUGCGUGCGUGUCGGCCUCUUUUUGGAGUGUUGUCAGGGAGUGCACACUGGCCAUGAACGUGCGGUCAGGGCCGUUUGAGGGCGCCGCCUUCCACGGGCAGCUGCAAAGUGCCCUGCAAGAUAUGGCGACGAAAAGCUCCUUUGACAACGUGUUUUUUGCCAACUGCUAUCCCAACAUUUGUCGGGAAUGGGGGCUGCAGGGUGCCCUUGACUACGGGAGCGAGUCUCACAUGGAGACUGUGUUCCAAAUGCUCUGCCGAGACAAGGAGCUCAAGCACAAAGGCAGCAAUGUCAAGUGGGCGAGGUGGGCGUCUUUCUUCGAUGCAGGUCAGGCGUUUCGGCCUUGCUGGAGUGCCCGCCUAUGCAUCAUGUUGUUCCAUGGCUGGCGAGAUGGCUGGUGGGCAAGUCUUUCUGAUGCACCCUUGGGCUUGCAAGAAGGCGAGGACUACGGUCUUUCAGGCCUCUUAGCUUUAAGCAAAGCUGCUGGCAGCGGUUCUGGUGCGACUUCCCGAAGCGUCAAACACAGCAACGACCAGGUCAAUCUCCUGCGCAAAGAGUGCAAGAACUCCCUGGAGAUGGCAACCCUGGUCAUGAACAACGAGGUGACCCGGCGUAUGUUCAAUAUGCUACUCGAGGUCGUGGAUCCCGUUCGUAUCCGCAUGGGGAAGGACAUGAAAGCCAUGCAGGCCAGCCGCGAAGGAACUCUGCAUGUGCUAAAAGCCUGGAACCAAGGCUCUGUGAAUGCAACGUGCCGUGAAGUGUUUCAAAAGCUCCAAGACCGAGACUCGCUAGACUGGGCUGGCAUGGACUUGUCAGACGAGGCUGUCUCAACGGAAAGCCAGGCCGCAGUUGAAAACGAGUUCGCUCAGAGAAUGGCUGUGCUUGCGCGCGAGGUGUGUGCAACAAGAGCAUUCGCUAUGGGUGAGUACAGUCACGCUCCUCCAUUUCUGCUGGUCGGCCUCUUGGAAGCCGAGGCUCAGCGAGAAACUUUGGAAAAGCUGCAAUGCUUGUGGCACUGCUGUUUGCGAGUGGAAGAAUGGAGCUUGGGCGACCCUUGGUACAGGUCAUUUUUGGACAGUUUGGUGUGGCCUAACCUGACGACAGUGCGUUGUGCCUUCAUUGAUUUGGAAGAAGUGGACUGGCAAGUGACACAGAAUCUACGCAGCUACCUGUUAGACCUCUUCGGCAACAUGUCUGGGCACACCAAGAUGGUGGAGGAGGCUUUCAACCUUGCCACAGACACAACUCGUAGAACCAAGAACGGCAGAGUGGAAAAGUUGAGCUUGUGGCAAGGCCUUGCGGACUCCGACCUCUUGGUGAGUUGUCCUGGCGACAGUGCUGACACACAAGUUCCCAAAAAGCUGCCCGAGAAGCUGUUCCUGCCAGACAAGAUGGAAGGCUUCUCCCUGGGUGGCUCCAAGGGACUCAAGCAGAUGAGUUCUAAUGAGACGUGGGUGAGCUUGUCACCUGCUAACCACUCCAUGAUUUCUUGGGCAACUCGUGCUAUGCUUUCCUUGCGAGAAGACUUGAGCCUACUCAAACAGUGCUGGCAGUCCUUGUUGCCGCCCGUAGGCUGGGUGCUUGCUAGAAACCUUGACUUUCAGAACCUCACAUACGUUCUGAAGUGCACUCCAUGGGGCGUGCUUAGUUGGCCAAUGCGACCUGGCCGCUCCACUGACAAAGAUGGCAAAGUAUUCAAGUACUUCUGUCUGGAUCUUUCCGCCCAGGCCACAGUGCAGUUCUCCGUCAUCACAGACAUGUCAAAGUGGUACAUGUUGGACGCUGUCGUACGAUCUCCUGCUUUCCUGCAGUUCAGAGGACUACACAGCCUCAAGAGCAAAGGCAUCAUUUUCCAACACACUCAGUGGCGUGGGCUCUUGGAAGCUGCAGCUUCUUUGGGGUUUCGGGGGCUCACACUGCCAAACUUGCAGAAGCUUUACACCAAGCUUGGCAUCAAGCACGAAGGCAAAAGGCCUUCAACUGUCAAGGAUGUGAUCAAGUCCCUGUUGAAGCAUUGCUUUCCCGGGGAGACUGCGGAGUCUUUGGAAGCGAUGCUGGCAAAAAGGGAGAGCGCUGAACUCACGGAGCUGGGGUCCAUCAUCAACAGCGCCAAGCAUCUGGAACUUGCUGAGCAGUAUCUGGAACCAGAAGAGGUCCAGAAGUGCAAGAAAAAGCUGCAGGGCCGCAGCCGGGAUGAAGACGAGAUGCCGGACUGCACGUUGGAAGAGCUCGCCAAGAGGGCAGCGCCAUCCGGUGCUGCAGCUGAGAGCUCCGAAACGGCACAGCGGAGCAGCAAACGACAGAAGCGACGAGCAGAGCCCCUGGCAAUCGAUUGGAAGAAGAUUGAGAUUGAAAGCAUUCGCAAAUGUAUGCCUCAAGGCAAGCACGGAGCAGUCAUCGUGUCUCAAGAGCUCAAGAACGCCAGUCGUUGGCGAGUGCAGUACCCGCGUACAACACCAGGGCAUCAGAGUUUCUCGCUGGUGUACCAUGACGAGCCAAGCGAAAGGCGAAGCGUGAUAGCUUGCUUGCGAUGGGCUUGGAAAGUCCAUGGGCAGGAAGGUGGCGAGCAGUGCCCUUUCGACUUGGACUACUGA